GCAAGAAGCUCCUAUGAGAAAAGCGGAGCGUGACUCAGGCUCUUAGCCGCUUCCCUUCCAGCCUCGCCGCUCUCCUACCACGUGACCCACAGUCCGUCUCCGCCAUUUUGUUUGGCGGUCUCUCCAUCCCUCCUCCCAUCCCUGCUUUGGGGCGCUUGCGUCGUGCGCGCAUGCGCAGGCACUGAGACGUUGGGGCUGGGGGAGGUCGGUACUGUGGAGGCGGCGAAUGCGGCCUCCGCCGCUAUCUUCGCCAUGUUCCGCCCCAGCAGCAGCCGCUCCAGCCUGUCGUCCUCCAGCCGGUCCAAGGAGAGCAGCAGCUCGGGCUCUCGGAGUUCCCGUUCGGGCGCCUCGACUCGAGGCCGCAGCCCGCGCCGCUCGCGCUCGCCCUCUCCCCGGGGCCGCCGCCGCCGCUCGCCGUCCAGCAGCCGCUCCUCUCGCCGCUCGCCCUCCCCGCGCCGCACGAGUAGGGUGCGCUCCCCGUCCGGGGGCAGCCGGACCCGCCGCGGGUCCGAGCAGCGGGACGGCAGCCUGAGCCGGAGACGCUCUCCGAGCCGGCGUUCACGCUCUCCGAGCCGGCGUUCACGCUCUCCAGGCCGGCACUCUCCAAGUCGACACUCUGAAUCUUCAGUGGAACAGAGUUUACGGAUCACAGUUGGCAAUGACCACUAUGGCAUUGACACUCCAGAGCGAAGGAGACUAUCUGAUAGACUUGGCUCACCAGUUGAUAGCUCAAGUGAUGGAGAUAGGGAUGACUUGGCUGAAGGCCCAAUAUUUAGCAGAGGCCUUUCACGUCCUCAAAGCCUUGAGCGAUACUCUUCUCAUGAGCACAGCCCUCCUAGUCCUUUCAGUACGAGACAUGAUGAGGACUAUCGCAGUAGGGAUGUCUUUCUUCACCAGUCAAACUAUAGCACGAACUACGAACAUCUACAGGAUAUAUCAAGAGAACCUGACAGGGAUGGUGAACUACUUAGGAAGUCCUCAUAUCAAUCAGAGGAGAGAGGCCGAGAGCCAAAGCGCCCUCGAUAUGACAGAGAGGACAGAAUGCUUGCUGUGAACAUAGAGCAUCAAAGUUUCUUGCCAGGAACACGAAAUUAUCGUAAAAGAAGCCUUAGUAGAAGCCCAAGCCCAACAUAUCUAGAUGAAGACUUCAGAGAGCUUGAAAGUGCUAGGAGAAAAAGAGAAGAGGAGGAGCUGAGCAGAAAUUCUAGUCGAGAUCUUCCUGACAGUGACUAUGUGAUCCCUGGCUUGACUAACCCUGUGCAGUCCUCUGAACCACGUUACCUUUAUAGACCUGAUGAAGCACCAGCUAUGCCCAAAAAAUCAAUCCUGAAGAAACGAGUGGAUGAUUCCUCUGUGCAGCCUGAAGUGUUUUCUAGCAGUUCUGCCUCUGUCAAAGAACUCCCUCUUCAUUCACAUCCUCUUCCUUUGCCCCAGCGUAGCAGCGCUGCUCCUUUUUCAUCUGAAGUGGAAAAUUUCCUCAAACGUUUCAACAAAAACGCUGUUGCAGAGUCUACAAACAAGGACUCUCAAGCCAGUCUUCAUGAUUGGAGACCAUUUUCUGGCAUACAGCAAAACACUCUCCCCUCUGAACAGAACUUUGGGAGUUUUUUGAGACAAAAGGAUUAUCAGGAGUCUGCCACAGGGUCUGCAGACCGGCAGAAUGACUUUCUACUUCCUCAUGAAAGAGCCAGUCAGGAUGGGAGUGGCUUUUCUCGCAUUCUGGGAAUGAUGGCAGACUCUACCAGUGCUCAAGAGAAGAGAAGGCGCAGCUUUCCUGAUAUAGAGGAUGAAGAGAAAUUUCUUUAUGGUGAUGAUGAGGAUGACUCUAACAUCAACUUACCUUCUACUGAAAAGCUAACAAUGAGUGGUAAAGAACCUGAAAGCCAGAAAUCAAGUUCUCCAUCUUCUCCUACUCAGUCUGUAAAACCAGACCCUUUGGAAGAAUCCAGGCCAGAGUAUGAGAAGAUCCAUGAUUUGCUCAAAACUAUUGGUCUUGACAUUGGGGUGGCCGAAAUUGGCAAGCUUGCUGCUCGAACACAGGAACGACUCCAUGGAAAAAAACCAUCACGUUCUCCUGAUCGUCGUUCAGUGGUUUCUCGUAAACUCGACUCUGGGGAGAUGCGCCGCAGUCGAAGCAAUACUCGUUCUCCAGAGUCAAACCAGAAGCGCUCUUUGUCACCCUCUGGUUCUUUUCUUCCAUCCAAAGAGCUAUCCUCCACUUCAGAAUUGGAACACUCUAAAUGCAAAACACUGGGGCACAGUAAUUCUGGCAGCACACCAGAGCGGUCUGUUCCCCCAGUAUCUCUAAUCCCAUCAGCACCACCUUCUCUUCCUAAUUUACCUCCUACUCCCACCCCAGUUCCCCAGUAUUCAGUAUCACGCUUUUCUCCAUUCACUGCAACUCAGCUACCCCAAAACUAUCCAACUCCCACAAUGGCCCCUCCUGGCUAUGAUGCUUAUGGUCAUUAUAUGGCAUAUGCAGCAUCUGGCUGGCCCAUGUAUGCUCCUCCUCGGCAGUCUGAUCCUGCAAUUCCAGAUGUACAUGGGCUUGUCUCACUGUCAGUGCCGUCAAAUCCUACACGUCCCAACCUCAGAGUUAUUGAGACUGUUUCCACAGGCAAGGGGAUUCCUGAAAUCAAGAGAGAUGAGUCUGUGCUUGUACAGAUCCCCACCACUCCUACUUACUCCAAAUUGCUCCCUCAUUUCUCUCAGUCUUCUCUUAGAGGUACCACAGAGAGAAUGUCUGAUGAAAAAAAUAGGGCUUCUCAGAAGCAAAAGGUAAUAGAGGAAAGAGAGAAACUGAAGAUGGAACAAGAAGCACGACAGAAGAAAUUGCACUACCUGAGGACAGAGUUGGAUAGACUUUCUAAACAGCAAGGGGAGAUGUUGCGGAAGAAACGUAGGGAAAAGGAUGGUCAUAAAGACCCCCUGCUAGUGGAAGUAAAUCGACUACAAGAGAACAUUGUGAAGGAGAUUACUCAGCUGCAAAUAGAGACUGAAACAGCAGAGAAGAAACAGUCUGAGCUUGACAAGGUUGCUCAGAUCCUGGGGAUUAAUGUAUUUGAGAAAUCCCGGAAGCCAUCUGCAGAAAGUAAAGAUUCCACAGAAAAAAACAAGUCAGAGAAUGCCAAAAGUCAGGAGAAAACUUCCAGCUCAAACAAGGAAUCAAAACCAAGUAAUGACAAGCCCAGGGGUAGGAGUCCCAAGCCUACAGAAUCAUGUUUACAGCUAUCCAAACAGCAUUUCCAGUCGGGCAAUAUUUAUGACUAUUACGACACAGGAAACCAUUGGUGCAAGGAUUGUAAUACCAUCUGUGGGACUAUGUUUGAUUUCUUCACACACAUGCAUAAUAAGAAGCAUAGGCAGACCCUGGACCCAUACAAUAGACCAUGGGCUUCAAAGACUCAAUCUGAAUCAAAGCAGGAUCCUAUGAAACGCAUUGACAAAAUACCUCUUCCUGCGAAAGGUUCUGAAUUUCUAAUCCCAGUCACCGGCUAUUACUGCCAGCUAUGCCAUGAAUUUUUUGGUGAUCAGAUAUCUGCAGAACAACAUGUGAAAAGUCAUCCACAUAAUGAAAAAUACAAGAAACAUGUGGAUGAGAAUCCACUCUAUGAAGAAAGGAGGAACCUGGACCGUCAAGCAGGACUGUCUGUGAUUCAAGAAACAGAACGUAGACUGAAACGGAAACAGUGUGAAAAACCGAAAGAAGACAGAGAUGAAAAUAAUGCAAAAGUCGCAAGAAAAGAGGAAUCAAAGCCUACCAAAGAAUUAGGAGAAGAGAGUAAUGAAAAUGAGAUUAGUCAAAGGAAAGAAGAUUCUAAUGGCCAGAAAUUUGGGAUAAAGCUUAAACUGAAGAAAGAUGACAAAGAGGUUGAGAAGAAGGAAGGAAAGAAAGAGGAAUCCCAAAAGGAGUCAAGACAGUCAUCUUUUGGAAAGUUCAGCUGGAGGAAAACUGAGAAAGAUGAUAAAAAUCAAUGCAAAGAUGUACCUUCCCCUAAGGAAGAGUGUAUGGAGGAAGGCAAAGAUAAAGAUAAAGAAAGCAAGUCUCAUUCUGGAAAGUCAAAUUCAAAGCCUAUUGCAAUUAAGUUGUCUGGGAAAACUGUUAUACCACACACGAGCCCAUGGACACCAGUUGUUUCAGCUUCAUCACAAGCAAAAAUCAGGCCAAAUUUACCAGUCCCUGUCAUGGUUCUAAGGAAGUCUACAACUACAACAGUAAGCAAGCCAGCACCAUUAAACACAUUCUUGUCUAUAAAAUCAUCAGGUGCCACCACCAAGCCACUUCCUGUUGUAAAAGAGGGUAAUCCAGAACUUGUUCUACCUCCAGAUAUUAUUUCAAAAGCUUUUGGGGGAGAAGUAGUUGUAUUAAAGGGCUCUCAGGAGAAUGUAAACUUACCAGAACAGGCAGAGACUCAGGUACAGGAGGCUGAAAGUGUGACAAAGGCUGUGGAACAUGCAAAGGUUUUAGAAAACGUCAAGGCAAGUAUGGAAAAAGUACAGGAGCAGGCAAUGCUGGUGGCAAAGGCACAAGCAAAAGCACGAGAGCUUGCAGUUAUUGCAAAAGAACAAGAGCUUGCAAGACUGCCAAAGAUGCACGAACAACCUCACAUGUUUGAGCGUCCACAUCGUCGCCCUCCUCUUCUCCCACUGCCACCACGACCACCAGUAUCAUUACUGCCACCACGACGAUCACCGCUGCUAUUCCCACCUCCACCCCUGCUACCACCAAAGCAGACACCACUUAUUCUGGCAGAUGACAUGGCUCCAGGUGUAUCUGAGGAUGAUAAAAACAUACUGGCAAUGCCCAUGUGCCCACGUCCUUUACCUCCACCAACUAUUUUCAAAGACCAUGUUAAAAAAAUGGAGAAAAAGAACACUUGCCUGGCUGCAGGCAAUGCUAAAGAUCUUUAUGACAUUUUCUACAACAACAGUGGAAGAAGUCCAGCUGAUAAUAAGCUUGCAAGUUCUGUAGCUUCAGAUAAAGGAAAAUUAAGUCCUGUUGAGAAAGAGAGAAGUACAGAAAUGCUAACAGACUCUAAACCAAAUAUCCAUUCUUCCAUACAAGAAACUCUGCAGAAUGUAGACAAUUCUUCAGAUGUUAGCAAAAUCCCUGUAUACGAGGGAACCCCAGAAAAUGAAGCAGUGAAAUCUGAGAAGGUUUGGGCAGCUUCUAAAGAAAACAUUGAAACUGAAACUUAUGUUGAGGAGGAAUCACAGAACAUCUUGUCUGAUUCACAAAUUACAUCAACAUACAUAGAAACAGCAAAAUCUAAUGUUCUUCAAUCAAGUCCAUCUCUUUCCCUUCAGAAUAAGCAAGAAAUAAGAACCAUUGCUUCAGCAGAACGAAGCAAGGAAUCAUUAGAGUUUACAAGAGCAGAAUUAGCCAUACAGAUACUGAAUACGAGUUUUCUUCCUGCUGAUAAAGUUAAUAAGAAACCUGCAGAAUUUGAGUCUGCAGAGCUAGCCAUGCAGUUGUCAGAAGACAAAGCUCCUCUGGAAGAAGUUAACAAGAAUGCAUCAGAGCUUCAUACUGCUGCGGUUAUAUCUUCUGAUAAUGAACUAGCCAUUUUGUCAUCCGAAGAGAAAGCUCUUUCUUUGCAAGAUGUUAGCAAGAAACUUCUAGAGUUUAAGACUGCAGAAUUUGCCAUGGCAUUUCAAGAAAGCAGUACUCCUCCUCUUGUAGAAGAAGUUAGUAAGAAUUUGUCAGAACUUCAGACAGCGUUCUUUAUAUCUUCUGAUGAGUUAGUCUCCAUUUCAUCUGAAGGUAAAGCUCUUUCUUUGCAAGAUGUUUGCAAGAAACCUGCAGAGCUCGAGUCUGUAGAGUCUACCGUGGCCCUUCCAGAAAGCAGUACUACUCCUCUUCUAGAAGGAGUUAGCAAGAAUUCAUCAGAGCUUCAGACAUCAGUGUUUAUAUCUUCUGAUAAUGAAUUAGGUGUGGUGCCAUCUGAAGGCAAAGGUCUUUCUUUGCAAGAUGUUAGCAAGAAACCCAUAGAGACUGAGACUGUAGAGUCCACCAUGGCAUUUCCAGAAAGUAGUACUCCUCCUCAUCUGGAAGAAGUUACCAAGGAUUCAUCAGAGCUUCAGACAUCAGUGUUUAUACCUUCUGAUAAUGAAUUAGGUGUGGUGCCAUCUGAAGGCAAAGCUCUUUCUUUGCAAGAUGUUAGCAAGAAACCCAUAGAGACUGAGACUGUAGAGUCCACCAUGGCAUUUCCAGAAAGUAGUACUCCUCCUCAUCUGGAAGAAGUUACCAAGGAUUCAUCAGAGCUUCAGACAUCAGUGUUUAUGCCUUCUGAUAAUGAAUUAGCUGUGGUGCCAUCCAAAGGUAAAGCUCUUUCUUUGCAAGAUGUUAUCAAUAAACCCAUAGAGACUGAGACUGUAGAGUCCACCAUGGCAUUUCCAGAAAGAAGUACUCCUCCUCAUUUGGAAGAAGUUACCAAGGAUUCAUCAGAGCUUCAGACAUCAGUGUUUAUACCUUCUGAUAAUGAAUUAGCUGUGGUGCCAUCCGAAGGUAAAGCACUUUCUUUGCAAGAUGUUAGCAAGAAACCCAUAGGGACUGAGACUUUAGAGUCCACCAUGGCAUUUCCAGAAAGUAGUACUCCUCCUCAUCUGGAAGAAGUUACCAAGGAUUCAUCAGAGCUUCAGACAUCAGUGUUUAUAUCUUCUGAUAAUGAAUUAGCUGUGGUGCCAUCCGAAGGUAAAGCUCUUUCUUUGCAAGAUGUUAGCAAGAAAUCCAUAGAGACUGAGAAUGCAGAGUCCACCAUGGUAAUUUCAGAAAACAAUAUUCCUCCUCUUUUGGAAGAAGUUAGCAAGAAUUCAUCAGAGCUUGAUAAUAAAGUAAUUGCUCCAUUGUCGGAAGAUAAAGCUUUUAUUUUGCAGGAUGUGGGCAAGAAACCUACUGAGUUUGAGACUGCAGAAUUAGCCAUGACAUUGCCAAAAAGAAGUGUUCCUCUUUCGGAAGUAAUAAGUAAGAAUGUCCCAGAGCUUCAGACAGCAGAGUUAAUAUUUGCUGACAGUAAGAAAUUAAUUACACAGUUGUCAGAAGACAGUCUUCCUCUUUUAGAGCGUGUUAGCAAGAAGCCAUUGGGAUUUGAAGACACAGAAGUAGCUAUGCAGUUGCCAGAAAAGAAUGCUGCUCCUUUAGAAGAAGGUACCAACAAUACAUCACAACUUGAGACAGUAGCAUUUAAAACUCUUGAUAAUAAAGAGUUAGUUACACCAUUGCCAGAAAAUAACUAUAGUAAAGGAACUCAAGCAGUGAUAGAUGUUGGGGUUACACAUGGUGAGGACAUCAAUCAGAAGCCACAAGAUCUGCAGAAAAUGGAGGUUCAGUAUGAGAUUGAGAAUGAUUUGGAGAUGGAAAUGGAUGUGUCCAUUUUAGGUGAGAGAGAUAUAGAAAAGGAACAUGUGAAACUAGCAGCAUGUCCAUCUGACAUUAGUCAGGGAGAUCCAGAGUCUCAGUUACUAGAAAUGCAAGUUGAAACCCACAAGGGAAAGGGAUUUGUUCUAACAGAAGAGAAUCAAAUGAAUGACAGUUCUAAACUGACAGUUUCUGCUUGGGUUUCAGACGUGCGCGUUCAGAGUCAGCUGGUUUUGGUGCCAAUAAACACAUCAAAAAUGAAUGAAGAAAGUCCUCAAAUAGCAGAGACAGGUCAGGAUAGUUCUAAAGAAUCAUUAGUGGAUCUUCAACUAGGAAAUGUGGGAUUUGACAGGCUUGAGUCAGCAUUCAGUGAAGAAAUUUCACAAGCUUCAGUGGCCCAGAGCAUGGAUCCAGAAUUGAAAACUUUAAAUAAAGGUGAAUCCGACUCUUUCCAUACUGACAGUAAAGAAGAGGGGUUGUUGGCUAACGUGCAACAAAAAGCUGGAGAGGAUUCUGAUGUAGUCCAUGUUCCUGAAUCAGGAGAGAUGCCAGUUGAUUGUCUUGUUAAUGUAACAAUGACAAGCUGCAUACAAGAGAAACAUGAAGAAACUAGCCAGCAGUCAUUGAGUUGUGGAACUAAGGAUCUCCAUAUACAGGGAGCUGAUGAUCUGGGCAGCAUCUCUUCUUCAAAUGAUGUAGAACUUAGUUCUGAGGUAGAAUUGAUAUUUGUAAAAGAUGGUACACAAGGGCCUUCUGAACCUACUAUGGAAUUCAGUGAGGAGAGAGGUUCCAUGGAAAAAGUAAACUUUACCAGAGUGCAGCCAGUGACUGUCCAAGAGCCAUUAGAUGUUCUCCCAGCAGAAUUCAGUGUCGAAAGUCUGGGAGAGGAAACCCUUUCUUUUACAGGAAUGAACACAGAGGUCUUAAAUACCUCAGUAGCUGGUGACUUUGAAUUGCACACAACUUACUCAGAACUUAGUUUUGAUCAAUCUGCAACCCUUAGUCUGAAUUUAAAUGUGGAAAAUGAUAGAGAUGUUCCAAAAUCUAAUGACAUAAAGCCUACUGAUCCUUCCAGACUGAAGGCACGUCUGGAAUUAGAAACCAUUGAUUUUAGCUUGAGAGAUAUUGAUGUGGACCGUGAACAUCUGGGUAUCUUACCACCUGAAAUUCUAAAUGAGGAUUCUGUAGAGAGCCCCAAGUUAGAGACUAUUGCACCAGUUUGUUUAGAGGCCAGCAAAACUAUUGAGUUGGGCAUUAAUCAUCCAGGGGUUGAAUCAGAAGUGAUUGAUUUUGCUGCAUUAACCUCUGCUGAACAAGAUGAUAAACUUCAUCCUUUGGUUUCUGAUGUAGCUGACCCACACAUCAUAUCUCCUGCAGCAAACGAUGGCAGUGGAGAAACAGACAUGCCACUCUUCAAAAUGCAGUACAUGCCACCAAUUUCUGAGACUCUUCUAAAAACAGAUAGUAAAGGUAACACUUCUGAUAUGCUAUCACUGAGUUGUGGUGGCAAAAGCUUACAAAGCCAUGCAGCUGUGUGUGUGGUACCCUUUCUUCCAGAUCCAAAGGAAACAUCUCUAGAAGUGGGGGGCUCAGGUGACAGUGAACUGUGUGUGGUCAAGAAUGAGAUACAGAUACAUGCAAGGGAGUUAAUAAAGAUGGAGGACGUAGAAAGUAACGAUGGUAGAUGUGAAGUUAACAGGAAGUUGGCUUCAGAAGUAACUGAAAACUCUGCAGAGGAUCUGGUAAGUUCAGGCGAAAUUUAAUCCCAAACCUUGAGUAGUUGUUGCUUGAAUUUUGUAAACGCUGUUUUAAUAUGUUGGACAUUCUGCACCUCGUAGUAGAUAAUAGCUAAAGCUUAAACUUUUUUGCCUCAAUAAGUAGAUCAUAUACUGUAUGUACUAGAUUGUAUAAAAUGUUUUCUUGUCAAUCUUUGACUGUUUAGUUUCUAUUUCUUGCCACUAAAAUUGAAUUUCACAUUUAUAUGUGUGUUUAGUCUCUAGUUCAUUUGGGGUCUGCUUGCUUUUUUACUAUUUUUGUUUGCACUUUUUUGACUUUUAAUGAUUUCUGAUUUACACAGCUUCUGUAAGUAACAUUCCAGUGCAACGCUGACAAGCGCAAGGACAGCUGUUCAGCAUUUGAGGAAAGUGGAGACUCUUGCUGAUACCUUUAAGCUGAAAGUUUGUUUGAAAUGUUAUGCAUGUUUUGUUGCACAAAAUGUAUGAAGAGAUUGUUCUACAUUUUUCAUGUCCUUUGACUUGUAAUUACAUUGUCAAUUGUUCUUGUAAUCAAGACUGUAAUGCUUUAUUGUAUAAAACCCUCUGUGGAUGCCAUCUCACUGAACAAAGGAGAAAAAAUACUGCCAUCUUUUGGAGAAGAAAACUCUUUGGUAAGGUUGUGGCCUGACACCUGGACUCUGAAUAUUGAGGUCACUUAUAUGAUUUGAAAUCACAUUUGCUUUCAUUGUAUCGUAUACAGUAACUUUUUGUGUUAAAUCAUUUAGCAGUUCCCAACUCUGAAGAAGUAGAAGAACUGAACUUUGGAUUCACUUCAUGUACCAGACAUAACAUGCCUGAAUGAUCCCCUGAGCCACAAAAUACUGUUGUGUGAAGGUUUCCACUUAUACAGCUUAUCAAGAGAAAUGUAGUAAAUGUUUGCUUGGAUAAAUGAAAGGGUUUUUAUCUGUAAAUCUAAAAAUAAACCUAUGAUGAUCAAAGCUAUCUAAUUUUUUCCUGUGUUUUUCAAACAACUCUGUAAUCAGUUUUCUUAAGGUGAAGAAAAAAUGGAAACCAAUGGUGAAAUUGCCAUCCAGUUAACUUCCUGUAAAAUGAUUUUGGUUGGAGUAACCAAGCUUUGAGUUAUGUAGCAUUAAGAGAAAUGUUGGAAAUGUGACACUUAAAUAUUGAGUGUGUUAAAAAUAGGGAAUUUGUGUUCCUUUCUUAAGAUUUCUGAUUUCCAUUGAGUUUAAGUUCCUAGGGUCUUUGAAGGUAAUUAAAUGCAUUGAGAGUACAAGGUGAAAUCUGUAUGGGAGAAGAGUUUUUUGUCUGCUUAAAAUGAAAUAUAUCCAUCAACUAAGCAUAAACUUCAUGCAUCUGAAGAACUGCCCAUAAAACUGUAUGCCAGAAUAAACCUGUUAAUCUAAAUUUCCACAAAUUUCAAUUAAAACAAGUGACACAACCUGACUCAUGUGCAAAUGCACCAAACAGUUUUUGGUGACAGAUACAAACUGUGCAUAUCACAAAUAAUUCAGCAUGAUGCUUCUGGUUUUAGUGGUACCAGCUACCCUACCAGUUAACUAUAAAAGGCAGAGGUAUGACGGGGUUUCAUUUGCCUAUAUGGCUUCCAGAUCUUGUUUGCCACCACCCAGUUAGUUUUGUUGAUACAAAUAUGUAUUGUUCAUACUUGCUGGGAGCUUUAUAUAGUUGAUUUGCACCUGGCAGACAGCAUCAAACAAUACAUAUCCAUUUAUUAAUCACCAGAUGCCGCUCUGUACACGGGUACAAAUCACUUGUCUUGCAGCCAUAUACAUCCAUGCUUGCUGUUUUUAUUGAAGAACGGAGUUUAGUAAAUGCUCCCUUUCAUCAGUACUUCCAGUAAAAUUUAAAAAUCACUGCAUUCUUUUUUAUCCCGCCUUGUCUCUGUGGAGUUUUGUGGUAAAGUAUAUGGUCUCUUCCUUCUCCCUCUAUCCUUACAGUAGCCUGGGGACAGAGAGAAAUAUGGGUUAGCAUUCCUGCUUCAAACAACAUGCUUUGAAACAGUAGAGGAGAAAGCCCAUUACUACUAAUGUUUACAAUACACCCAAGGCAUGUGAAGUUUUUUAUGUGCUUUAUUUUAUAUCGAAAGAAAAAUGGUUAACUGAGUUCAGAUUGGCCUUUGUGAGAAUCUAGAAGAAAAAAUGCUGUACGAAACUGCAUUUGUAUUUUUGCAUGCAUUUUUAUUUUUAUAAUUAGAAGUCUGGGUGUAACUGAAUAAACUGAUGGGUAAAUUCUGAGGUAUGUAAUUUGUAUUAACUGACCUUGGGAAUUUGUUCUGAAUGAGAAAACAGCUUCUUAGUAACAGCAAGAACAAAACAAGUGGGUAUUUAUGCCUGAUUGGUUAAGUAUGAUUUUGCAAACGACCUGAUUUGGAUUUCUGAGCUUUGCUAAUUUGCAAAUACAGUUUCUUCAUAAAAUUGUUUAGGCUUUAAGAUUGGUUUAGCUUUUUUGAUCUGUUGUACUGCUAUAUGCUUUGAAGCAGUUAUCUAGCUAUGCUAUUCAAGAUCAUAUUAAACUAAACUUACAUGAUGAAACAAAUUGGCAAAUCCCUCAUUUAUAUAUUCUGGUUAGAUGAACACUGAGUUGGCAUCUCCAGAGAACACUGCAACAACCAACUUGUUGAAGGAGUGAAAGUACUGUCAAGAACGUAGUCAAAACCUUUUUUUGUGGGGGGGGGGGGUUGGUAUUGAGGACCAGGGCUCUGGUUUGUUUGUUUUUCAUGGGUAUAUUUUCAUGAAUGGAAGAUAUCUUAAAAGUCUUUGAAAUUAAAACUUCUCCACUGAGAUGCAGCUGUCCUGUGUACUCCAGCCCCCAAACAAAUGCAUUUGCAUAGGCUGAAUUGAAAGAGCAAACAUUGUAAGGUAGUACGUAGAUGUUGUAUACGUAGUUAAAGCAUGCUCUUUGGUGGCUGAAUGCUGAAGAAAUUUUUUAUUCUACCUUUCUCUGCCCAGCUAAAGAGUCAAACCUUGUAUGAAAAAUGAUUUUAUUUCUUCAGUAGUCAAAAGGGCUGUUCUGAAGAUGUCAACCCCCCUGGCUCCCGAGUUGUCAUCUCAUAAGACACUUGAAAGGGUACUGCUGUACAGUCAACUCUGAACUAUAAUGGACAAAUACAUCUAGAAAGUGCUUUACAGAAACACUGCAAAGUGAAAAAUAUUCAGCACAAGAAUUGAAAUUUACUUUUUGAUUCUCAUAAUAAAAGAAUUGUAUGUACUGGUAUGUUGCUAAACUGUCAACUUUGGAAAUUUGCUUUCGUUGUCCGACAUGCAUCUUCUUGAAAAGGAGUUUUAAAGGCCUGAAAAUCCCUGCAGGAGGAUUAUCUCCUCUCUCUCCAGCAGAAGGCACUGUCAUUUAUCAUGUGGAUGAACAAAUUGUGUGUUGGUAGCCCUUAAGGAGGGCUGCAUUCAGAAAUCAAGCUUACAUGCCACAUAGGAGCUACUUCUAGGAACUGCAUCUAUGCUGUAUAAAUAUACCCUUUAUUUGUGAGUUUGCAGAGGUCUGGGAUAAGUGAUUAACACCUGUAAAAAUACAAUUUGUUCUUUUAAAUCAGUUUGAGCAUUUGAUUGUCUUGUGCUUUCAGUGAAAGUAGUCCACCAAAAAGCAUAAGGUAAGGAAAAGGACCAGCUGAGAUCCUAAGGGUUACUUUUAAAAGUUUGGUCUCCCUGGAAUAUUUCAAAUUGCUUUUGUAAUUUCUGUUAGUUUCAAAAGCUAGGAGCAGCUGAGAUUAUGAAGUAUAAAGUUUACUUUCUGGGCUCAUGGAAGUAAGUUUCUGGGUCAAGUUCUUUCCUGACAAAGUGUAGGAAAGUGAGUUUUGAGAGGACAACGGUAAACCAUGAAGUAUGUCAAAAUGUGUAGACUCAAAUAAUUAAUGGAAGAAUUGAGCUUUCUCUGUCAUUUGGCUUGGCUAGAUUAUUUUGCUUGCUACAAUAAAGCAGUGGCAGGGCCUUCUCAUGGGGCAGAAAAUGAAUACUGUUUACUGGGGCCCACAGGUACCUCGUCCAGGGUGCAAUCUACAUUGUCAUGGGGGGAAAUUUAGGAUAAACUGUAGGUCAUGCCUGACUAUACAAACUUAUUUCCUUGUAUCUAUGUAUCUGUUGUCCAGAUCUUGAGAGGAUAUGCUGGAACCAAUCAGAAGCGUGUUAGAGUAGUAGUCUUAAAAACAACAUACUGAACUGCUGGGCCUUCUGGGUCUGUCAUAUCAAUAACUACCAGUCCCAGAAUUCCUUUUGCACAGGCAGGAGUUAGGGACAACAAGUGGGAAGGGCAAAUCAAAAUAUAAGAAAGCGGGAGCAAGUACAGCUACAGCUUCUGAUAGGAUUUGCAAGCCCCAAAUAUUUUCAAGUGUCUUAAUUCACACACACUCCCUGCUGCCAUGUCUCGUGGUAGCCGUAAAUACAAAUCAGGCAGCCAGAAACAAGGGGAAAGAAGUUAAAGGCAACCAAUCUAUGUUCAGCAUUUCAAAUCAGACGCGGUCUUUCUCCAGUAAGACAAUACAGUGGUUGGGGAAGCAGAAGAUGAAAAUGAUAUCAAUGCAAAAACAGCCUGUGGCAAUGAAUUUUCAGUGAAGUGUGUAUAUAGCCAUACAAAUUAUUUGCACAAUGCUAGUAACUAUGGAAAAAGCUGAAAGAGGUUUCAGCAAGCUAGUACUUUCCAAAAACUGCAAGUGUUCUACAAUGCAGCAAGAGCCCUCCCAGCCAGCAGACAAUGGCUGCUGGGGCUGAGGGUUGUUUUCUGCCCUGGAAAGGGAAAGCAGCUGCCCUGUUUUCUGGGCAUCCUGGUUCUCAACAUAGGGGGCGGGGCUUAGCAUCUUAUAAGGCGGCUCCGACUCUCAUGCUGGCAGUUGAUUCCUCAUGCUUAGCCAGGGAGGAGUAAUCAGAGGUGUCUCCCUUUCCUCAGCCAAGUAACGAGACUCAAGAGAUGGACUGCAGCCCACACCAGUGGUGGCAGCUUUGGCAGUGGUUUUGGUCAGCAGUAGCAGUUGCUGUGCAGCAGCAUUCGCUGUGCAGCAGCAUUCGCUGUGCAGCAGCAUUUGCAGCACUGUGGUGCCAACUUGGGGUGUUAUGCCCGGGCCUGUCGGCCGGGAGCAGCACCUUCCAUAUGCCUCCCAUACUGGGGCAGGUAGAUUUUGGGGCCUAGCAGCAGUGAGCGGUAGAAGCUUGCGAUGGUGGCCUGUGCCGGCUAAUGCUGAGGCAGGCAAAGCCCCGCUCACAUAAAAAGGGCCCGCACCAGUAUGGCUUUCAGGCCUGACCACAGGAGGAGGGACUACAUCCUGAUUUUCAUUGGCCUCUAGUCCUGGAGGAAGGGGUUUGCCCUUCGUAUUGUUAGCUCCCGGCCUUGCCAGGGUAAGAGGCUUUGGCUCUACAACGUGGCCAGGUGAGGCAGAGGGUUUGGCCUAAUUCCUCCCGCCCUAACCCCCCUUUGCCCCAAAUUUGUGUUUUGUUACCUCUAAUUUAUCCAGUGAUCAUUUUAGGUGCAGUAGUUUGGUUGCCAUUUUAGGUCCAGUCCUCUCUUUUAACCAUGCAUCUAGGAAAGGUAGUGGACUUCUAAAGGCAAACAGCCUGCCAAAAGGCCUACUUCCAAGAGGACCCAGCCUACCUUGUCUUCCUCUGAUGAUGAUAAGGCCACUCUAGGCAGGCAGGAAAUACUAGAUCGCCUGGUUAUGUGGGGCAAGCUAGAGGUGCACUGGCAGCCCCAAUGGGUGCAGCUAAGAGACAGAGGUCAGCUAGGCUGGCCUCCAAUUCAGUUUUCCAAAGGGAGGUGCUAACUCAUCUUUCUGUCCUUGAGGGAACAUCUGGUGCUGCCGGUGGUGAAGGGAGCAGAAUCCAGGUGGUAGUGGGCACACCGGCGAAGGUUAACACAAUGGUGACCAACC